UUUCUCAACAGCCCUAAUCCCAAAAUUUGCUCCCUUUGAAGCAAACAUGUCUGAGUUAUUUUURCACACUUCAAGGGGCUCAAAAUGAUGGUGUGCAAAGAGUUGAUCAUGCAGUUUGUGCCUGAAAUUAGCAUGUUUUUUUUUUCUAUACUCCACUCUUCACAUUCCUUGUCAAGGUUUUAUUGUGUGGUUGGGAGGCAUGUCUGGAGCAAAUACUCGCUAUAAAAGCGAGUGCCCAAACUAACCAGCUUCARCGCAGAUGUAAAAGGGCUAAUUUACAGAGGAUGACUGUGGCUACAGCUACAAAGACAGAGCAUUAAUGCAUGCAUUAAGUUAAAAAAGAAACCAACAUACUUUAUUCUAGACAGUUUUUCCUUUUCAUCUGUGGCAAAGGAGCCAAAGCGGAAAAUGUUCUGCAGACCGGAGCUAAUGGUGCUUCUUGUUUUGCUGACAACAGCUUCAUCUGUUGCUCUGAGCAGCGAGGACGUCACCGAAGCAGUGGCAUAUUUAAGGAAGUAUGGCUACCUGCACAUCCCACUGGASAACACACAUCUCAACCCUCCACCUGAAAAAAUAGAGGAAGCCCUGAGAAUCUUUCAGAAAGUAUCCAACCUUCAAGUGUCUGGAAACCUGGAUUCAUCCACACUGGAAAUGAUGAGGCAGCCCCGCUGCGGUCUGGAAGACUCUUUCACAAACAAUUCUCUCAAAUAUCGAAUUAUGGGUUACUGGCGGAAGAAGAUGCUGACGUAUCGCAUUUACAAUUACACCCCCGACCUGGGCGCCUCAAAGACCCGGCAGGCCAUUCAGACCGCAUUCAAGUACUGGAGCGACGUGUCRUCUUUAAAGUUCAGGGAGCUGCACCAAGGAAGGGCAGAUAUAAAAAUCUCCUUUCACACAAAAGACAAGUCGUGCCCCGUGCCCUUUGAUGGACGAGGUCACGUUUUAGCGCACGCUGAUGCUCCCGAGUCAGGCAUCGUGCACUUUGAUGAAGAUGAACUGUGGACAGAGGGAAAGAGCUCCGGCUCCAACCUGAGGAUUGUGGCUGCUCAUGAGAUCGGUCACGCUCUCGGCUUGGGCCACUCGCAGUACUACAGCGCGCUUAUGGGACCCAUUUAUAUCGGAUACCGCGCUGACUUCAAGCUGCAUCCGGAUGAUAUAAAGGGGAUCCAAGCUUUGUAUGGAAAACCAGAGAACAGUCCUCCAUCUGUGAUUCCUCACCAGCCGGUGCCGCGAGGCGCUGCCCCAGAUCCGUGCAAAGCCAAACUGGAUGCAGUUAUGCUAGCUCCUCCGAGUAAGACUUAUGUGUUCAGUGGACAGUAUGUGUGGACGGUGUCCAGCUCUGGCUUCAACACUCCCACUGUGAUUUCUGCUCUGUGGAAGGAGCUGCCAGGAAGCAUCGAUGCAGCUGUUUAUUCUCAGCGGACUGGAAAAUCUUACUUCCUGAAAGGAGACAAAGUGUGGAGGUAUACUGGCUCCAAGCUCGACAGAGGCUUCCCUAGACGUUUGACCAACAUUCCUGGAAAUAUCGACUCAGCUCUUUACUUCCCCAAGAACAAGAAGCUGAUCUUUUUGAAAGGCUCUGGAUACUGGCCGUGGGAUGAAUUUGGCCCCACGGACCUCCGUUCGUACCCCAGACCGAUCGGGGAUCUCUUCAAUGGGGUACCCAGCAACACGGACGCUGCCGUGACGUGGACAGACGGCUACGUGUACAUGUUCAAAGGCAGCCAGCACUGGCGUGUGAACCAGAAGAAUCAAGUAGUGGAGAAGAAGUAUCCCCAGGACACGGCAUCUAACUGGAUGCAAUGCGACGACUGAGCCACUAGGGGCCGCCAGGCGUUCAACACAGGCACAAUGUUUCACGUUGGCAGCAGAGAGGAAGGAUUUGACUCAAGAUUCUUGGAGAUUCAAGAAAUAUACUGUUACUAUAAACAGUUCACGAAUAGAGGACACUGUAUUACUGCAAUAAAAGUUAGAAUAACACA